AUGCAUUGCGGGCUGCUGGAGGAGCCUGAUAUGGAUUCCACAGAGAGUUGGAUUGAAAGAUGCCUCAACGAGAGCGAGAGCAAACGAUAUUCCAGUCACACGUCUCUGGGGAACAUGUCCAACGAUGAACAUGAAGAAAAAGAAAAUAACAGAGCGUCUAAACCACAUUCGACACCAGCGACUCUGGAAUGGCUAGAGGAGAACUAUGAGAUAGCUGAAGGUGUGUGUAUCCCCCGAAGUGCCCUCUACAUGCAUUACCUAGACUUCAGUGAGAAGCACGACACACAGCCUGUGAACGCAGCCAGCUUUGGAAAGAUCAUAAGGCAACAGUUUCCAGCGUUAACCACCAGAAGACUGGGGACAAGAGGGCAGUCGAAGUACCACUACUACGGCAUAGCGGUGAAGGAGACCUCUCAGUAUUAUGACGUGAUGUACUCCAAAAAGGGAGCGGCAUGGGUGAAUGAGACGGGGAAGAAAGAGGUCACCAAGCAGACAGUGGCGUAUUCACCGCGCUCCAAACUGGGGACGCUCCUGCCAGAGUUUCCAAAUGUCAAAGACCUAAAUUUGCCCGCCAGCCUGCCAGAGGAGAGGGUGUCAACCUUCAUCAUGAUGUACAGAACGCACUGUCAGAGGAUACUGGACACUGUUAUUCGAGCCAACUUUGACGAGGUCCAAAGCUUCCUGCUGCACUUCUGGCAGGGCAUGCCGCCCCACAUGCUCCCUGUCCUCGGCUCCCCCACGGUGGUGAACAUAGUAGGAGUUUGUGACUCCAUCCUCUACAAGGCCAUCUCUGGGGUGCUGAUGCCCACCGUCCUGCAAGCACUGCCUGAUAGUUUGACUCAGGUUAUUCGAAAAUUUGCCAAACAGCUCGAUGAGUGGCUUAAAAUAGCACUUCACGACCUUCCUGAAAACCUGAGAAAUAUCAAAUUUGAAUUAUCGAGGAGAUUUUCUCAGAUUCUAAAGCGGCAAACAUCAUUAAACCAUCUUUGUCAGGCAUCGCGGACUGUGAUAAACAGUGCCGACAUCACUUUUCAAAUGCUGGAGGACUGGAGGAAUGUGGACUUGAACAGCAUCACCAAGCAGACACUUUACACCAUGGAGGACUCACAAGAGGAGCACAGGCAGCUUAUUAUCCACUUGUAUCAGGAGUUUGACCGUCUGCUGGAGGAGCAGUCUCCAAUCGAGGCGUACAUCGAGUGGCUGGACUCGAUGGUGGACCGCUGUGUCGUCAAGGUGGCAGGGAAGAGGCCCGGGUGCCUGAAGAAGGUGGCCCAACAGUUCCUGCUGAUGUGGUCGUGUUUCGGUACCAGAGUCAUCCGGGAUAUGACCCUCCACAGCGCGCCCAGCUUUGGGUCCUUCCACCUGAUCCAUCUCAUGUUUGAUGACUAUGUGCUUUACCUGCUGGAGUCCCUGCACUGCCAGGAGAGGGCCAAUGACCUCAUGAGGGCCAUGAAGGGUGAGGGCAGCACAGCAGAGAGAGAGGAGGAAUUCACGCGGACAGAGGCCACUCCCACCUCCCCGUCCCCAGGACCCUACUCUCCCGCGCGCUCAGUCCACUCUGUGGGCGUCUCAUCGGCCAGCUCCCCCACAGCCGCCGUGUCCCCAGAGUACACCGGAGUCACCACCACCACAGGCGCUGUUCAGUCAUAUACCUGGUCCCUUACAUACACAGUGACAACAGCAGGCGGCUCCGCUCCAGAGGCCGGACAGCAGCUGUCCUGUAUGAGGAGCAACGCGCCAGUCCCUCCACCAUCCUCCGCACACCGGAUGCCAGUCUACACCCACAGAGACGACCAUGGGUAUACUGGUAGUUACAACUAUGGCAGCUACGCCAACCAGCAUCCUCAUUCCAUCCAGAGCCAGUACCCAAGUCUGGCCCAUGAGCCGGCGAUUCCAGCCCCCCUCCACUACUCUGCCUACCACCGCUCGUCUGCGCAGUACCAGCUCAACGGCCAGAUGUCUCGGAUGGACCCUUGCUUGAUGGGCAGCACUCCUCGGUUGCACCCCGCACCUGUCGCCCCCCGGUGGCCAGAUGUGUCACCGGCUAACAGCUGUUACACCAGCCCACCUAUGCAUUCCUCCCGCUAUGCCACCUCCGGGGACAUGUACUCUCCCCUGGGCCCACGCAGGAACUCAGAGUACGAACACUCGCAGCAUUUUCCCGGCUUUGCCUACAUAAACGGAGAGGCCACCACAGGCUGGGCAAAAUAGCCUUUAAAACUGAUUUGGAAAGCCAUGUGCAAGCUCCAGGCCUGCCAAACUGGUUGAUGCAAAGUCUCUGAACACUUCCAGUCACGUACAUCAAAGAAGGAGGAGCAGAGAAAGGAGAGUAC